AUGUGGAUGUCACUUCUCCACCUUGCGAAAAUGACAUGUGAGGGAGGCCUCCUGAAUCUACAGCUGCUACUGCUGAGGGGACUGCUGGACGAGGAGGAGAUCAUCCAGGAGUUCAAGACCGGGAACCCCCGCCUGGUGGCGCGGCUGUCCGAGCCAGAUGCCAUCCAGGCGCUCAUGGAGUUCAUCACCCUGGAGCCGAGGGCUGACGCCCCUUGCAACCGCUGCUUCCGCUAUCCGUUCUUGACGGUGGAGCUGAUCACCUGUGGGCCCCCGAAGUUCUUGGAGCUCCUGGUCAACCCAAAGAGCUGCAACGCCCUGGAGUUGCUCUGGGGCUUCCUCGGCAGCACUGCGCCUGGGGAGGUGAAUUCGGUUCUGGCCGGGUACUUUGCGCGCACGGCCGCGGCACUGCUGUCGAAGCAUCAGAAAGAGGUCUUGGAGUACCUGCGCCAGCGUGGCCCGGACCAGCUGCUCAGGGAGUUCCUAGACCGGAUCCACUUGAGGUCGCUGGCGGAGCUCUUUGCGCGGCUCCUGUGUGCUGAAGGUGAGGCCCAGGUGGUAUUCCCGACUCAGAACAUCGUGGCCCAGCUGCUGGAGAAGUGGCAGGAGUGCGAGGCCGGAGGCGACGCGCAAGAGAACAUUACGCUCAUCAUCGCCGAGCUCCUGAGCCAGAAGGACGUUCUUUACUGGAUCGAAGACCUCACCCACCAGCUCACAUCGCCUGCCACGGUCCGGUUUCUCAUUGAGCACAUCUUCAGACGAGCCGGUGGGGUGCCACCCGCCAUGUCUCUCCUGACAACGGUGAUCGUGCAUACCACCGCGGGGAUCAAGGACGGCAUGACGGAGGUCUGUGCCUCAACACCGACGCUGUCUCCGCUCUCACCACCUUCACCGGCAUUAGUGGCCGGCGAGGAGGACAUGACUUUGGACGAAGGUGUGGUGGGCGAGGCCUCGACUGCCAGAGCGGCCACCCUGUCGCCCCCCUCAACGCCAAACACAACUCUGAGAAGCACGACGUCAGAGGAGUGGAUGGAGAGGCGGCGAGCGGCGCUGCUGCGGGAGGUGGCCAGCCACUUCCCGCGCCUCCGCGAGGUGCUGGACGCGGGGCUGGCCCAGGCGGCCGAAGAUCCUUCGCUAGCCAUGCCUCAGGGCAGAAUCUGUCCGGUGGGAGGGACCACACUGGAAGUCAUCAGCCUGAUUGCCACAGUGGCAAGGUCCGGUCUGGACGUGAUCCUGGAGGCAUUGCUCAACCAUCAGCUGCUGCCGCGGUGCGUGGAGGUGUUCUUCAGACACCCGUGGAGCAGCCUGCUGCACAACAGCGUCAAGCAGCUGCUCCUCGAGGUGCUCUCUGGCACAGAUCACCUGAGGCAGGAGCUGAUCAGACAACUCCUCAAGGAGGCCAGGCUUGCACAGCGCCUGGCUAGCGAGUACGCAGCCGAGGCUGCCUGGAAAGCUGCCACGGUCAAGCCGAGGCACGCUCGUGUUGGCUACAUGGGGCACCUUUUCCUCAUAGCCUGCGAGCUGCGCGACUAUGGAAACACCAAGUCCGCAGAGGUGGGUGAGCUCCUGUCUUCCACCCCGGGCUGGUCGGAGGUGCUGGGGUCCAUCAACGACAUACAGGGCUUGCACAGGGAGCAGCUGGGCGGCGGCGUGCCGGCCAGCGACCGUGGCUUAGCGUCCACGAAAGCUCCGACAGCCGAGCCCGCGGCGCCUCCCCAGGAGCAGUUUGCUGCGUGUCCUUCCUGGAGCCAGCGAGUCAUGACGGGCCGGAAGACCUACCUCGCUGAGGAGCCCACAGACCUGCAGGAGAAUGGCGGCUCAGGGCCCCAGCCGGCUGGCGCCGCGGCGGCGGGAGCCAGCAUCCCGAAUGGCCAGGGCAGCCAGGCGAGCGACGAGGACUUCUUCGUGCCGCCGAGUGCGCCGCCCGGGCUCAGGUCUGGGCUGGAGGAUGCCUUCGACCCGGACGGCUUGUCAAAGGUACAAAGCAGCUCUUCCUGGGCCAGCUUCCCGGAU